UUCAGAUGGCGUUUACGAGGUGCUGUGAAUGCUGCAUUGAUCUGACAGCCUUCCGCGGGAAAUUCAGUACUUCGUCAGCAAAUUUGGGAUUAUAGUAAUUUUAACAGCAUUACUGUACCUUAAAGUGCCUCACAUCUUUAUGUUAGAGAGUGUUACUGUUACUGCAUACGCCAAAAAUGUCAAAGAAGAAAGGGCUCAGUCUGGAGGAGAAGAGAACCCGUAUGAUGGAGAUUUUCUUUGAAUCAAAAGAUGUGUUUCAGCUGAAGGACAUUGAGAAGAUUGCUCCCAAGGCAAAGGGCAUAGCUCCCAUGACUGUGAAGGAAGUGCUGCAGAGCCUGGUUGAUGACAACAUGGUGGACAGUGAAAGAGUAGGUACAUCCAACUACUACUGGGCCUUUCCCAGCAAGGCUUUACAUGCUCGCAAGCACAAGCUGGAGGAGCUGCAGAAACAGAGUUCAGAUGCAACGCAGCGGAAAGUGUCUCUACAGAAAGCGGUGGAAAAGGCAAAAAUAGGACGUCAAGAUACAAAAGAAAGAAGCUCUCUGCUGAAAGAUCUGAAGGCUUUGAGAGAGGAACAAACGCAGCUGCAGGCCGAGCUGGAGAAGUACCGCGAAUGUGACCCAGAGGUCGUCGAGGAGAUGAGAAAGUCAAAUGUCAUAGCAAAAGAGGCUGUUUCCCGGUGGACAGACAAUGUGUUUGCCAUCAAGUCUUGGACAAAGAAAAAGUUUGCCUUCGAUGACAGCCGUAUUAAUAAAGCUUUUGGCAUCCCUGAGGACUUUGAUUACAUGGACUGAAAACUCUUCAUGGACACGCAAACAGAAAACUGUGUUGAAGCCUCUGUUUGAAAGCUACUUCCUGGUCUCUGCAUUUCUGGUUUCUGUUCUGUGCAGUGCAUGGAAAAUAAAGACACUGGAUUUCACUUUUGCAGUUCAUGGUGGAAUAUCUAUUAUUUGUUUUGUGUCAGAUGAACUUUAUCAGUGGGAUAUGUUGCUGAGGUGCAACUGGAGACUGAUCCAACCAUUAGUGCCUGAGAGGGGUGGCAGAGUUGUAAAAUAAACACAAGUGAGCAGCCUGACAUCUUGGACACCUGUUUGCAUGGAAACUGAGAGCUCCAAGCUGGUGAUGGAAAGGAAUUAAUAUUUACUGCUUCUGUAUGUCCAACAUUUGCAUUUAUAUGGUUUAAACAGAUGGUUUUAUAUCAAAUACUUGGACAAAUUUCCCUAUUGGAUUUCUCCUAAUAUAAAUUAACAUUCACCAAUUUUGAUUCAGAAAAUUUACACUUGAACAAGAAUCAAAUUACUGAGGAGAUGUUUAGGAAAUCCUGCCCUUACAGUGUUGUGUAUAUAUUUUUUUUUUUUUUUUUUUUUUUUAACUUUGGUUUGAUUUUUCCCUUUUGAACUGCAAAUAAAAUUAGUCUCUGGGCUUUAUAUGCCUGUUUAUAUUUAUACUUGUUCUAAGUAAAGUUAGCAUGCAGUUUGUAAAUGCAGUUGCACCAGGCCUUCUAUAUUUUGCAUUUUUACUUCCUGCCAUUUAAGCACACCCCACCCCAAGGCAGCACCCUCACUUUCAAAAUAAAGAAAAAAGGAACUUGUUGUCUUGACUUGUCUGGACUGACCUCUGCCCUAUUUUAAUUUUCUUUCUUUUCUGUUAGAGCAAAGGCAAAACGGCUUGUUCGUUGUUCUGUGUUUACUCAUUUGACCUAAUUGGUGUCUUGUCUAGUUGGCUGAUUUGAAUUUCAAAUAUGCUCCAUGCUCAUCUUGCCUUACUCAUCAGUUUCCUACCAGUAAAUGAAUGACAUGCUGGUAUUUUGUCCUUUGAUUAUGGACCUUGUAUAGACUGUUCUUUUUAUGUGUGAACAAUAAACUUUUUAUGAA